AAACCGGAAACAAAGACCUCUUUAUGUAAAUAGAUGAUUUUGAUUACACUGCAUGAAUGUUGAUGACAGCAGAUACCCUGGCCAAACAUUUUUGAAGUAUUUGCGAAAGAGCAUUGGUGACCUUGUUCUUAAUGUAUUCUCAUUCAAACAUUUUGGCGGGUUUCCCCCUAGUCAGCUGAUCGUCUGUUUGAGAAUAGUUUGAUUAUGAAUGUCGCUUGUAAUCGCCAUGACGACAAUCUCCCUAUUCUAUUUAUUGAUUUCAACCAAGACUAUACAUCUAUUCAAGUUGGAACAAAAACAGGAUAUAGCCUUCUAUCAACUGUCGGUGAUCAGGUGACUGAGACAUUUUCUUCCACUGGUGAUCCAAUGUGUAUUGUUGGAAGAUUAUUCAAUCGAAGCUUAGUUACUCUUGUCUCACAGAAUGAUAUGCGCAGGCUACUCGUUGCACAUUCCAGAAUAAACACAUUAAUUUGUCACUAUCGUUACACAUUAACUAUAUUAGCAGUUAAAAUGAAUCAUCAGCGUCUUGUAGUCUGUGUGGAAGAUGGGAUAUUCAUUCAUAAUAUGCGUGAUAUGCAGUUAUUGCAUAAGGUUGAGGAAACACCACCUAAUCGAAACGGUGUUAUCGCUCUAUCCGCCAAUGAAACCAACUGUUAUCUAGCCUAUCCAGGGUCUCAUCGUGUUGGGACUGUUUUCAUCUUUGAUGCAUUAAGUUUUCAGAAUGUCACGUCUAUCGCAGCUCAUGAUGGCUUAUUGGCUUGUCUUACAUUUAACGCAAGAGCUAAUUUAUUAGCUACCGCCUCAGAAAAAGGCACUGUGAUUCGAGUAUUUUCUGUUCCACAAGGAGAAAAAGUCAUUGAGUUUCGUCGUGGACUUACUCGGUGUGUAUCUAUAUGCUGUCUGUCAUUCAGCAUGAAUAGUCAAUAUCUUGUAGCUGCUAGUCAUACAGAAACUGUUCACAUUUUCAAAUUGGAAAAUCGUUCAUCUGAAAAGACUCCUGAUGUGCAAACUGAUCACUACACUAGACAGCGUACAACCUCUACCAGUUCUGGAGCUAGUCAAGGUGCUGGAUGCGGGACUGACGAUUGUGAUUUACCUCCAUCCGAAGACAUAACAGGAAAUUAUUCAGGAUGUUUAGAUCACAAUGCUUCUGGUUUAGAUGGUACAACAACUGGUGCAGCAGCUACGAUGGCCAGUUGGAGUCAAGGUUUAAUGGGAUGGAUGGGAAGCACAUUGAAAACAUAUUCUGUCUAUCUACCAUAUCAAGUAUCAGAAAUUUUCGCUCAAGAUCGUGCAUUUGCAUAUGCUCGAAUACCAUGUGCGUCAGUUAAUACCUCCUAUCGACCACCAGGCAGUGGUAGUCCAGUAUCUAUGGCUUCAACGGGGGAAUUAGUCAGUCCUAACUAUGUUGGCCCUACUUCUGCAAUCUCUCAAAGUGGUCUCAUUCAGCCAUCACCUGGACAAAGAAAAGUAGCUGCACUUGUUUAUUAUCAGAAUCAACCACGGUUAAUUGUAGCCGGUCUGGAUGGUCUAGUGCAUAUCUUCUCUAUUGAUCCAGUUAAUGGGGGUGAAGCUGUUUUAAUACGUACUCAAAGAUUACUUUCACCUCACCCAUCAAACAAUCAAGCGACCACAUUAUCAUCUGUAGCAAUGAACCCCAAUUCCCCGUAUGAUUCAAAUUCUCUUCCACCAUCAAAUAUUACCCCUGCAUCAUCAGACAAUAUUACAUCGAAAAAUGUGAAUUGUAUUCGAAGUGGUGGACCUCAACAACCAGGUGUCUAUGCACUCCCGGCGUCUGCUGCUACCACUGUCAAUCUGACUGGCACUAAUGUUCCAGUCACUAGUGGUACUGGUAAAGUAAAUACCUUUGCAUCAGUUGUUGCCGGGGCUAUGAAAGAUGAAGGUGUCUCUAUAGGCGGUCAUUCUCAAUCACGCAAUCUCCCUCCUUCUAAUCCCAUUACAGAAUAAGCUGCUGAAAAUAUCGAUUUAUAGACGUGCAAGCACAUAGAAUGUUCACCAGUAGAAGUGUCCAUGCAGAUUUACACUUCAGUAUACUGAGGAACUACUCGAAUGAGAAGAAUACUCCAUUCUAGUUAACUAUUUGACUGAUAUUCAUCUUUGCUGGCUCUGUAUUGGAUUAUACUUGCAAACCAUUCUGUCAUCUUUUCAUUAUGUUGUCUCCUUGAAGAAAAGUUGUAUAAUAUGAUUUGCCCGCAUUAUAUUUUGUUUACCAAUUGAUACGUCUAUCAUGUCUCUGCUGUAAUUAGUUAUGGUGAUGGUUGUAUUGUGUCUUACCUUUUUUUUGUUGUGCUCAUAUCUGUUUAUUCAGUCUUGCCUUCCAAAGAGUGAUAACACGGAAUAAUACGUGGAGGCAAACACUUAUGCAUCACUCAUUCAUACUACUCAUAACUUGCUACUGUUUAUUUUUGCACAUUUUAUCAUUUAUCAUCGUUAUGUCUUUCUUAAUUUCAUACAAGCCUUUACCUUGUCUCAUACAUUUUGCAUUAUUAUUUAUUCCGUCUAUGAAAACUGUAUUUUCUGCUUCUUUUGAUAUACACAUCUAUUUAAAACAGUCAUUACUGUGCACUAUCUACUAUAUGGCUGUAGUCAGUUAUCUCGUUUUAUCCUAUUUUGUUUUAGUGUGUAUUUACUUGUAAUCAUGUGUCUCAUUUCACAUAUAUUUCACAUGGAUCUGGAUACCAUGUUUUAUUUCUCUCAGUUAAAAUAAUUUAAUGAAUACUUUAAAUUCAUCCUCUAUACUAAAUUAUUGUUAUUCUCAAUAAUUCUUAUCAAUCUGAAGUUGUACUUUUUUUGCAAAUAUUGUUUAAUUGGAGGGUUGGAUGGUAAAUGGACAAAGGGGAGUUUUGUACAAAUUCUUAAAAAAAAUUAACUAUUCUAUCUCCCCUUGUAAAAGAGGGAUGAUUUCUUUUUUGUUCCUUUUUUUCAAGUCAGUAUUAUUACUGCUAAUAUUUGGAUUAUUAUUGUUCUUGUUGAUAUCAUUCUCAUACGUUUUAAAUUGCCUGAAUUAUGAUUCACGUUGUUUAUGAAUGAAUAGUUCUCCGCCUA